AUGAUUGAUGGGCUGCGCCACUUGAGCGGGUUGAGGGUAGCAAUCGAGGGUGGCGCUCUCUAUGGUGAUGAUGAGACGUUUUAUGUUUUUUUCGGACCGUUGCUGCUCUCCGGCCACAAGGAACACAUGGACAGACAGUUGAGCGAAUUGUUAAUGGAACCUGGUGGUGAAUUUGAAAAUUUUACUCGAAUGUCUCUAGCUGAUUUUGAGUAUCUUUUAAAUAUAGUCUCACCAAUGAUUUCCAAAAAAGAUACUUCAAUGAGACAGGCAAUAACUCCAAAAAUACGGCUAGCAAUUACUUUGAGAUAUUUAGCCACAGGCGACAGUUUCAAGAGCCUACAUUAUUUAUUUAAAGUUUCAAGUGAAGAGAGAGAGGCUUUGAAAGAUGAAAUUAAGAUGCCGUCAACUACAGAUGAGUGGAUAGAAAUUGAAAAAGGAUUUAGAGAUAAUUUUCCCCACGCCAUUGGAGCAAUCGACGGAAAACAUGUUGUAAUCAAAUGUCCUGAUCACACUGGAUCAGAAUAUUACAAUUACAAAAGAACCUUUAGUAUUGUUCUUCUAGCUGUAGUAGACAGUAAAUAUCGAUUUAUAUUUUGUGACAUUGGAAGCCAAGGAAGAAUCAGUGAUGGCGGCAUACUUAGAAAUAGUGUGUUAUGGAAAAAUAUUUGUGAAAAUAAGAUGAAUUUUCCUCCAUCUUGCCCCUUACCCGGAUUAAACGUCGAUUUACCAUAUGUAUAUCCUGGCGAUCAUAAAUUGAAUACUCCCAAACGUAUUUUCAAUGAAACAUUGUCAAGGUCUCGUGUAUUGUCUGAAAAUACUUUUGGAAUAUUAACUUCCAGAUUCCGAUUUUUCAAAAAGCCAAUCGAAUUGAUGCCCGAAAAAGUGACGCAGUUAACAAUGACAUGUGUACUUCUACACAAUUUUCUUAUGAAAAGUUCUAGUUCAAAAAACAUUUAUAACCCGUCGGGCACUCUUGAUAAAUAUGAUAACGGCGUUUUUAUUGAAGGGGCUUGGAGGCAAGAAGUACCUCAAAACUGUGCUAUUCGAUGUGUACCACAUAUUGCUCGUCGAUCACCGAUUAGUGCGACUAAGAUUAGAGAUAAUUUCACUGAAUAUUUUGUGAAUUUAAGAAACAAAUAA